AUGUCAUCCGAUUUCUUCCGCUUUGGUGAUCCCAUGGGCAAAGAUAGAGAGGCAACACAUUUCAACUUGCUGAGAGUGACGGCAGACUCCUUGAGUGUGGGGGAUAAGAGGUUUAAAAUACGGGUGGAAUUGCACGUCAGAAUGCCUGUUUGGGAGAAAGCUGGAGACCCUACUCAGCUUGGUGGUGAGUUCGUCCUCAGGCCAGGAAUGACAGCAUCGUAUGCGCACCGAAUGCGAAGUCGCAGCUCACAUGCGCCUAUCGUUCGGGUGCUCACAGCUGCAGGGGUGCAUGUUUAUCUCCGUAGUGAGAAGCCAAAAUCUGUCAUCUCAUCUGAUCCUGCCGGCCAGGCCUCUCUUGUCCUUGAGGUGGAUGAGGAACAAUGGAUGGAGGAGUGA